UAACCUUCACUACAAUGGACGAUAAAAACAUCCCUCAACAGGUUGCAUUCAUCGUUGACAAAUACCUGUUGGACAACAAUUUUUCAUCAACUCGUUCCACUUUCAGAGACGAAGCUUCUUCUCUCAUUCCUAAGGAGCAAAAGAGUUUGAUAACAUUGGAUGAGAUGUUGGAUGCGUAUAUUAGCUUGAAAGAGCAUAAGAUUAUGAUGGAUCAAGAAAAGUUUAUGUUAGCACAAGAGAAAAAUCAAGUUCAGAAUUUACUUCAAGGUCUGCAUGAUGUCAUGACUACUUACAAUGCCAGUGGAAACCUUCCUUCAACUUCUGCAAAAUUUGCUCUCGCACUCGUUCCUCAAUCGGUCGUUAGUAACAAAUCUCAGCCAGGUGUUCCUACUUCUCUGCCAAACAUAUCAAAUACACGGUCACAACCUCUUUCGAGCAAUUCAGAUGCUAAUGGUAGGAACAUUUCGACAUUCAACGUGAAUUUAUCUGAAGGAAAGAGAAAGGAGACCUCAGCUAUGGAUGCUCCUUCAGCAGCAAAAAGAUGUUGUAGCAGUCUAUCUCCAUGGGAUGGUCAUAUCUUACUACAACAAUUCGAUGAUAUUGCUUUCAAUAAUCCAACGGCAAUUUAGUCUUCAGCACGACAUUGCAUGACUAGAAUCACCAAUUGUUCCAAUUAAGUCACCACUCCCAAAGAAAUAUCUUAGAACUAAUAGAGAAAGAAGAACAAAAUAAAGAUACUUCUCCUAGUUUACUUGAGUUACAAGCUAGCUAGUUAUACUUAGUUUAAUCUAGUAGAUUAGCAUGUGAUUAGGCUUAAUGUACUUUACAUAUUGCCUAUAAAUACUCUAUGUACUCACUUUUACAUCUAUGAGAAAUGAGACUAUUUUCUAUUUUUUGCUUUC